CACCUAUAUCACACUCUCCAGCCCAAUUACUUGCUCCACUGACUCUCAGCAGGCAGACUUCUCAAGGUAGGGCAACAUGAUACAGAAGACACACAAGUGAAACUUGAUUUGCCCAGCGAUUAGGAGUCGUUCCCAUGAUGUUCCAGCGGGCUAUGCCCCCAGUGAAAGCACAGCGAGCCAAGAGCCCCCAAACCUUGGACCUGUCUUUUCAAACCUGGUGGCAUCGCCUACAGCGUUAGUGGUGGGCUCGUCUACAGCCGUCAGCUUCCAGAAGACGGCAGUGAUCAUAGCGAUGUCAGUUGGCUCGCGAUACUCGGAUGAAACAUGACUUGUGCUCGAUGAUCAAGCGGGAUCAACUACAGUUCAUGCCUGAUCAGUUAGCGAAGGGUGGUUCGCCAGCCAGUCAGGUUGACUCUGCUUGUCUCCUCGGUUUUAGACGCGUGUGAGACUGCGUAGCAUCGCUGGCAAUGGAUGCAAGCGGAAGUUGGCCAAAUCCGUCCGCCGAAGUGAGCGUCCAGCCUUCCUCGUAUGGACGAUAUGCAAACCACCCGCGGAGUGUUUUGGGUAUGACUGCGUACUGGGUAUACGCUAUUCGUACGAGCGAAGUGAUCGGAUUCGACCGUGAUGACAAACAAGACAAGUGCAGAGUGUGCCGCUGUAAGGAUUUUGGCUGUUCAGAAACGGUCGAAGUGAUUUUGUGCAUUGGUGUGCACAACUUUGACCGACUUCGGUCGAACCGCUGUGUACUCGUACUCGAUUUGGGGUCAAGUCGAUACCUACCUACCUGUGAUGGGAUGCACAUGAUGCCAGAGGUUCACUGUCGCCAUGGUCGGCGAUGUGACCGGAGAGAAGAUGCCUCCUCAUUCGAUAACAGCGUCGAACUUGCUGCCUGCCGGAACUCCACGAGAUCCCAGUUGCGGUCUCGGAAUUUGCAGGAAAGUCUGAUCACGAUUCGGGAGUUCGAAGCCAAGAGAAGCGAAUUAAUCUAGCAAUGCAAGAUGACAUUGGAGAAUUGACCGACUCCACCAUAAGCCACAAUUUCGACGAGGCAGUUGUUCUGCCGUCCGCAGGCGUACAGACUGGCCCCCAGUUCAGAUCUGAGACCAUCUACCAGAUUGGACAGGCGAACAGGUCGAGUACUGAAAAGGCAUCAUCUGAUAAGACGAAGACGGCUGUUCCAGAAACAAGGACAAGCCCCAAUAACUGAUUGGAAAUGGGACAGUUGGAGAAAGAGCGCCGGACAUGUGGCCAAAGGGGGCUAAGUGGCGUUGGCUCCUUCUCGGAAUGGUUGGCCACUCGUUUGGGAUUGAGAUUUUGAGUCAUGUUGCUCCGUGAGAUUUUCCGGCCUCCGGACGUUCGACCUCUGUGCAGCCUGACCUGUCUCCCCCCAACUGGCUCCUCUACGAUUACAAGCACUUCACCUCCUCCGCCUUACCCUGCCUAAUGCGAAGCGCAUGGGCCACCUGGAACACAGCAAGCAUUCCUUAUUUCUGCAGGGCGAAUCAGGCUGUCGAUGAUUCACCAUCCACGAUUUCAUGACUGGUCCGAUCUAUUUCCCGCCUCCUGUGUGAGGCGUUCUGAUUAGUUGUGCUCUUGUACUCCGUAACGAGUUGUCAUUUGCCUCCUCGUGUUGCAUCGCUCGAGCAAGGUGCCGGCGCGGGUUUAUGUUUGUGUGCGUGUGUGUGCAUAAUCAGCGUGCUCACCUUGACAAGAUCGUAGGGAAAGGAAAGGCCAUGUUAUUUUUAUAUGGAAUGCACGAAGGCCAGGAGCAGAUGUGUUCGCAAAAACAAAACAGUUCAGGUAGCAGAAAGGCGUGUCGCCCAGAAAUGGUCACCGUUGCUCAGAAUAGCGGCCGCAAAUGUUUGCCUGCCUGGUGAAAGAAUUGUUAUUCGACCCGAUAGUCAGCCACAGCAGCAUAAACGGCCGGCAGAAGUAAGAAGCAUUGACAAUGGUCAUGCUGCCUGGAAGGAGAGCUGGAGCAUACUGAACCAGCCGGAUGGUCUUGACCACUCAGUACUCAGUCCUCACUCACUCGAUAGACAAAACACAGGAUGCCGUUUAGUCAGUCAAACAAGAGAUAGCACUCUGUCCUCGUAGAGAAUUCUCCGUACUAGGAUGGGCAUCAUUCUGGCAGUACGGGUAUUACUCUGACAAAAUUUGGGAGGCGAACUCCAGUACACGCAGUCAAGGUUCAAUAUUUUGUGCCUGGCCGGAGUGGUGGAUAAGGAUGCUGAAGGCUACGGAGGCCUCGUACU